AUGGGGACAGCAGCCCCAGCUCUCUUGGUACUGCUCAGCCUAAGAAUGGCUAUUUGUGAUGCUGAGGACACCUGCUCAGACUGUCUUCAUUUCUCAGAGGUGAAAAUAGUGGGACUGGGUGAUGCUGACCGACUCGCCAUUCUUCAAGGAUGUCCAGGGAUCCCAGGUAUCUCUGGCCCAAAAGGAGAACCAGGCCUCCCAGGAACAAAAGGAGAAAUGGGAGACCAGGGAUUUCCUGGGAAAGCAGGACCACCUGGUGAAAAAGGAGCAGCUGGAGAGCCUGGCUUCCCAGGACUGAAAGGAACAAAAGGAGAACCUGGAUUUCCAGAAAUAUGGGAAGCUGGGAACUGCCAAGAACUGUUGGCCAAAGGGAAGGUUUUGAGUGGCUGGUACACAAUCUACCCCCAAGACUGCAAUGCCACCACCGUUUUCUGCGACAUGGACACAGAUGGUGGGGGAUGGAUUGGUGUCUUUCAGGUUUUCCAGAGACGCUGGGAUGGAUCAGUGAACUUCUUGCGAGACUGGGAUUCAUACAAGCGAGGUUUUGGCAACCAGCUGACGGAGUUCUGGAUGGGGAAUGACAACAUCCACUUCCUCACCUCUCUGGGACCCUGUGAACUCCGCAUUGACCUGAGAGACUUUGAGAACAACUACUAUUUUGCCAAAUAUGCUUCAUUCAGAGUUUUAGGAGAGUUAGAGAAAUACAGACUGGUUCUAGGAGACUUCCUUGGUGGAAACGCUGGAGACUCUUUAUCGUACCACAGGGACAUGCCAUUUUCAACAGCAGAUCAGGACAAUGACAUGAGCUCCUUUAACUGUGCCACAGAAUACAAGGGAGCAUGGUGGUACAAUGACUGCCAUUACUCCAACCUGAAUGGGAUGUACUGGAUGGGUGCGCAUGGGAGCUAUGCUGAUGGCAUCAACUGGAAGACAGGCAAAGAAUACCACUACUCCUAUAAGCAAACAGAAAUGAAGUUCAGGCCAGUUUAA